AUGCAAAUCCUCUCAGAACCAAAUGUAUCGCAUAUUUUCCGCAGUUUAACAAAGACGCAAUGCCACGAUUUCAUCAGGGUCCUUGGCUCCGCACUUGUGGGGUACAGUGCUGAAUCCAAGCCAACAGUCCCUGAAUCAGAGAAAUUGAUCCAUCAGCCAUUGCGCACCGUCUUCACAACAAAAGCAAACAACUCAUGCAUUUUCAUGCCAGUCUCAGAUACCGCUACCUCAGCCGUGAAAGUUGUCACGGUCGGCAACAGCGGUAUCCAAGGGACCAUCAACAUCUUUUCACCCGAAGGACGACUACAGGGUCUUCUUGCUGCCGCAGAGGUAACCGCAUUCCGCACAGCCCUUGCAUCCAUGAGCCUGUUCGUGCGGUGCAGUAAGCUUCACAAAGAGAAUAUUCUUGUGAUGGGAUCGGGUCGUCAAGCCGAAUGGCAUGCCCGACUUGCACUACUGCUUUACCCGGAUUUGAUCCGACGGGUAACUUUUAUUAAUCGGGGCCGUCAACGACUUGAUGAUAUGGAGCGCGAUGUUCUAGGUGAAUUGCGAAAGCGCUAUCCUAAUGUUUCUAUUAGCACAUUUGCCAAGGAGGGUGCGGCGGACUAUGACGGGAGGCUUUUGAGUGAGCUGCAGGCUGCUGAUGCCAUCUUCAGCUGCACACCGUCGACAGAGCCAAACUUCAAGUUUGAGGCGCUGCAGUCUGCUCCUAAACAGCGCUUUAUUUCUCUCAUUGGCUCGUACAAGCCGCAUAUGCGUGAAAUCGAUACUGAGACUUUGCUCUCUGGUGGAGGCAAGGUCUACGUUGAUUCCAAAUCGGCUUGUUUGGAGGAGUCGGGUGAAUUGAUUACGGCUCAGAUAACGGAAAGCCAAUUAGUAGAGAUGGGGGACAUGCUGGGAGAACAAGGCUUGUCAGGGAAUAUUGAGAUUCCGAAUGGAUGCAAUGUUAUCUUCAAGUGUGUGGGAAUGGGGUUGAUGGAUCUCGUGGUUGGGAAGAAGCUGCUUGAGAUUGGAAGCGAGCAAGGACUAGGAACAAGUGUCGAUGGAUUUUAA